AUGUGGAAGAUAACAUUGUUGCGUCUCCCGCACCAGAACAGUCUGAACAGAGACACCUGGCCUACAGACAGAAAUGUUUUCUUUUUUUUAGAGGAGUGCGAUCCCGCGCGCUGGAACGCGGAGGCGCUCAUAAGGUAUACGUCCGCCAGGCCGUUCCGGGUGAGCGUCAAGAGUGUAAUGUGCGUAUACUGCGGCGAUCUGUUCGAGGACCCGGAACAGUUCCGCACACACAUGGCCAAGGAGCACGCCACUUUCAGGGCGAACAUGGCGUUCGCCAAGCUCCCCAAGGCGGAAUACGUGAAGGUGGACAUAGCGGGGAUGCGGUGCAGGCUGUGCGCUCAGCAGCACCGCACUCUGCACUCGAUCGCCACGCACCUGAGGGACGCGCACGAUAAGGACGUCCGACUCGACUCGCCGCUGGGCGUGAUGCCCUACCACCUCGACAGGGACAACUGGGCGUGCGCCGUCUGCGGAAAGGGCGCGCCCUCCCUGCUGCACCUGAACAAGCACACCGUGACCCACUUCCUGAGCUACGUGUGCGAGGUGUGCGGCAAGAGCUACGUCGCCUCGUCGGGCCUGCUCACGCACGUGCGCUCGAAACACGAGCGCGAGUACAGCGCCCACUGCAAACGGUGCCGCGCCAUAUUCCCCUCGAUGCGGGCGAAGCAGAUCCACCAGAGGACCGCGAAGCGCUGUAUGACCCACUGCUGCAGCGAGUGCCCGGAGCGCUUCCCCAGCUACAAGUGCAAGCAGCGCCACAUGGCCGAGGCGCACGGGGCGAGCGCCCGCGAGCACAGCUGCGCCCGCUGCGAGCUCAGCUUCGUUCAGAGGCAGGCGUUCUACGACCACUACAGGCUCUGCCACUCGGCGGACUGCGUGGCGUGCUCGCACUGCGGCCGGCGGUUCGCGUGCGCCUCAAAGCUGAACAGGCACCUGAAGAAGCACGCCGCCAAGAACGAGAGGGAAAUACGCUUGAAACUGAAGUCCUACGACUCGUCCGAUUAUAAUGAACAAAGC